GGAAUUACUCUUGAGAUAAAAGGAAAACGAUGCGUGAAAUAUCAUCAAGUGAUAAUUAUUAUCCGGAACAUAUAUUACCCGGUAAAUCAGCAUCAACAUCAACAACAUCUUCAUUGGAACCACGUGCUCGAAGUAUUAGUACGAGUAGUAUGCCAAGUGUUUCUUUAACACCAUUUCUUUCAUCCAGUCGACAUCGUUUACUACCACAAAUACCAACACAUCAUAUACGACGUUCAUCAUCACCCCGAGUUCUUCCAAUACCUCCUCCAUUAUCAUCCCGAUCCGCUACAACCGCAUCCGCUUUCUCGCUUCAACAUUGGAAUUUCGAGCAGCGGCCAUCAACAACCGGAAGACGUCUUCCGCAAACACCAAUUCCUGAAGAUUCGGCACGAUUACUUACUAAUCGGAAGAAUGCAUCAUCAAGACAAUGUUUAACUACUGUCAAUGAUGGUAGCAGUGGUAGUGGUGGUGGUGAUGAGGAUGAUGAUAAUAAUGAUGAUAACAUUGUCACCGGUAAUACUGAUGAUAAUGAAUGGCCAUCACCAACAAUUGUACAACGGAAAUUUUCCGAUUUACGAAAAGUCUCGCGGAAUGAUAAUAAUUCAGCAUCAACGCUCUUUGAACAUAUUACAUGUGAUACUUCGUUACGAUCAUUACAACGAUUAUCAUUACUGAAGCAGCAGCAACAACAACAACAACAUCGUCAUCAUCAUCAUUAUCAACAACAACAACAACAACACCUGCAACAACAAGGAGGAAAUUUUGACCAACAACAAUAUUCUUUAGAUCAUUCAAGUGGUACUUCAACUAGUACAAAUGCUUAUUCACAAAGCUCAUCAUUAUCACCAUCCGUUGAACAGGUUUAA